GGGAAAGAGUGUUUCUGGAAAUUGACCAAUCAUUGAUAGAAAGUUCUGAUCUUUGCUUAGCUGAAUAUGUUUCUCGAUCUCGAACAGCUAGCUCUUUAAUUAUGAAACAAAACGAUUACUCCUUUGAUUAGAUGAUUCUGAUGCCCUUAUAAAAUAAUAAAAAAUAAAAUAUGGACGACGUGAUGCCCUUUUCAAUAAAAAGAAAGAGGGAUUUACUUAUCAAAAAGAAAAAAAGAAAGACGGAUGAUGUGAUGCCUCUUAAUCGCUGUAGUAAGCGUCAGAAGAAUCUUUUCAAGUGUGGGAUUGACAACUUGCCUGAUGAGUUGCUUAUUGCCAUUCUUUCCUGUCUUACCUUCCAAGAGGCAGCAAGGACCUGUAUCCUCUCGCAGCGAUGGAGAUACUUAUGGAAGUAUACAACUUGCAGUAUUCAAUUUUAUAAUGAAGGCACAUUGGAGUUUGAGGCAGCAGAAAAGUUUAUAAAUUCGGUGAAUGAAGGCUUAAAAUUGCAUCAGGGUGAAUCUAUUGAGCAGUUCAAAGUUGGUUUUGUCUAUCCAAGUAUUAGUUAUCGCCCCAACAAGGAUACUGAAUUUGCAAUUGAAAGGCAAAGCAAAGUCAACCAUGAUAUUGAUGGCUGGAUUAAUUUUGCAAUGGAAAAGCAGGUCAAAGUAUUUGAACUAAACAUGGCGGCGGGUCCUCUUGACAGCACUGGACUCUGGAGGAAUUAUAGCAUUCCUCAUGUGCAAAAGCUGUUGUCGAUUUCUGGCGAGGUUAAGUUGCUGAAAACAUUGACUACUCUCAAAUCUUUCCGAUUUGUUAACAUCCGAAUAACACAGGAAGUUGUUGAAUUUCUUUUGUCACACUGCCCUGUGUUGGAGCAAGUGUGUAUUUCAGCCUCAAAGUCUCUGAAGCGUUUGAAAGUUGCUGGUUCGUUAACUAAGUUAAGGUCCAUGGAAAUAUCAAAUUGUGAUUCUUUGAAGACUAUGAAGGUUCAUGCUCCAGGUCUUGUGUCUUUUACAUACAUUGGACGUGAUAUCAAAGUGCCUUUCAAGAAAGUUCCCCUCUUAUCUGAGCUAACUAUCGGAGGUGAUUAUGCUGGCUCUUUUAUUUUUGAUGCUCACAAGCACUCAAGCUAUUGUCGAAAUCUGAAGAAGCUUAAACUGAAAGUGUCACGUAAGGUUGUAGCAGACAUCUCCCCUAUCGGGGAGCUUCCCAGUGAACAUCCUCAACUCUACAAUCUGAAAGAGUUGGAAUUGGACAUCACCAUAGAAGAGGAUGAUGGCCUUUGCUUCUUCACAUUCUUGACUAAGUGUUCUCCUCAGUUGUCAAGGUUAACCAUCAAGUUAUUGUUCCUUCCAGGCCCGGAGAGAUGUAUUGACGAAUAUACAGAGUGGAAUCUUCUUAUCAAAGAAGUUACAAAGCAGAGACUUAUGUUUUCAGAACUGAGUGGUUGUGACCGUCCUCUUGGGAGUAUUAGUCCAUUGAGAGAAGUUCAACCUGGCGUGAUUGAGGCGUUGCGGCAGUACCUGACAGAAGCACGCGCUGCUGAUCGUAAUGCACAAGAAGCUACUAAGUUCUGUCACAAACGUCUAGAGGUAGUGAAGUUGGUUGGUUUUAUUGGGUGUUCAAGUGAUUGUAAUCUUGCUUUACAUUUGCUGCGAAUUGCCCGAUCUCUUACGAAGAUGAUCAUUGACACAGAGGGACACCCUAAGUGUGCAUCCCUAAUGAACAAGAAGGCAAUCAGAGUGUGUGUUGAGCAGCUUAAAGCAAAUUUACCUCCCGGAGCUGAAUUGUCGACACAUGGUCCUGGUUUUACGUAAGGAGUAGACGUCCCCUAUUGGUUUUAAAUGUGCACAUUUACUAUGACCUCUUUAUUUUGCUACUAACUUUUUCAAUAUUUUAUAAGCAAAUUUAGCGGAUAGAUUAUUUAAGUUGAUGAAUCUUGUGUCUUUUUAACUUAUGAAAUUGUGUUGAACUUCCUGAGCUCUCAAGCUACUGCUAAUUUUUAUAUCAAAAUUGGCAGCAUUUUGUAACUGGUCUUGAAUCAAUUAACAUUUGGCAACGGGUUUUAGUUCAA